GGCAACAUCAAUCACUUCGUCGUACACCACAUCGUCAAUGAAGACACCAAUGAACUAAUCGAUAACGCCCUGAAAGUCUAUCAAGUGCCAGAAGGACAGCAGCGUGUUACCAAGUUGCCACCAUGGCCAGGCGUGAUAUUUGACAUUGAGUCGGAUGCAGGCAAGGCAUUGCUGGGUAAGAGCGAUACGUGAUCCUCGGAAACGCAGACUAACCUUAGUUUAAGGAUCGCCUAAUGGCAUCGCAGCGGGCUACUUCCUCGCUCAACACAAGACUCAAAUCGGUGGGAACAAGUAUGUUUACCAAGUGCAAGUCUUCACCUCAGAAUGGGGUUUCCGUCGCUCGAUGAUUCUGUUCGUUAAAGACGCACCGCCAACUACCGCUACCAACGCGAAGCUACAAGGGAGGCGAGAUGAAACCGAAUCUCUUGCUAGACGGGAGCUUGUUCUGAGUGCCCAGUCCUCCCCUUUCUUACCGGACAACGUCACGAAACUAGCCGGAGAGACACAUGAGGAGUUCUGGCAGAAACACGUGUGUCGGGGUGAGAAACUGGCUCAAGCGUGCGCCCGUGACAAGGAUACCGCGAUCAACUUUGUUAUACCUAUCGACAGUGAGUUCGAUGGUACCAUGGAGACUGAAAUGGAGACCUGGGGCUAUAAAGACUACAAUGGCAAGUCGCUAUAUUGCGAGCUCAACAAUAUCGCUUCGACGUUGAACUCGAUCGGGGUCGACGCUGUCUUCAGGAAGAAGAACACCCCGAACGGCCAGAACGAAUGUUACCACAUCGAACACAAUCGUGCUGAUGGGAAGUACGAGGUGGACGGCAAAGCUUAUCGAACUACUGGCGCGUAUGCCCACAUAGGUGUCAACGCUCGUGACGGGGUUGUUUCAUUCAUGAAUGUUCGAUCCGCUGACACAGCAGCUAUUUCGAAUUGGCAGGUUGCGCAGCCGGCAGAUGCGGAGAUGCCACGGCUGAGGAAAAUUUCCGAUAUCACCUGGGCCUUCUGGAGACGCGCACACGCAGAUGGCGCUGGCCUCAGCAACAUCAACAAAUUCCUCGUGCACGAUAUUAUCAACUCUCAGACCAUCAGGCUGAUGCAAAUGGCGCUGCAGCGGUACGAGGUUCCAGAGGGACAGGAACGUCUCAAGCGCAUCCCUAAGUGGCCAGGGUUGGAACUUGGUAUCGAGACGCCAGGAGCACUGGCAAUGCUAGGCUCACCGAACGGUCUCGCCGUUGGAUAUUUCCUUGCACAACACAAGACUCAGCUUGGCGGCAACAAGCACGUGCAUAAGGUCACUAUCUGGAAAGAUGAUGAAGGCGACGAGCAGAUGCUGUUCUGGGUGAAAGACGCGCCUCCUCCGCCGGUAGAUGAUCCGUGGACGACGUCAGAUAGCAAGGGGCUCAUGGAUACUUUCAAUAAGGCCGACAAUGUUGUAAAGCGCAGCGUCGACGGUAGAAAUAUCAUCCGAGAGCAUCGGAUACUAGCGAAGUUGUAAGGGUCGGACGGAAGUACCGUAUUGCGUCUUCGUCGCAUCCAGAUUGCGUCAGUCCUACU